AUGACCCCGCGCCCGGAAAACGUUGGCAUCAAGGCCAUUGAGAUCUAUUUCCCUAGCCAGUAUGUUGAGCAAAGCGAGCUUGAGAGCUUUGAUGGCGUCAGCGCCGGAAAGUAUACCAUUGGUCUUGGUCAGACUCGGAUGAGCUUCUGUGAUGAUCGAGAAGAUAUCUAUUCCUUUUCCUUGACCGUCGUAUCCAACCUGCUCAAGAAGAAUAACAUCGACACCAACUCUAUUGGCCGUCUUGAAGUAGGCACAGAAACUCUCCUAGACAAAUCCAAGCACCAACGCCUUUUUAAUGCCGUAAACUGGGUCGAAUCAUCGGCUUGGGAUGGCCGCGAUGCUAUUGUCGUCGCUGCGGAUAUUGCCCUCUACGCCAAAGGCAACGCCCGUCCUACUGGUGGAGCAGGUGCCGUUGCUCUGCUCAUUGGACCAAACGCACCCAUCGUUGCCGAACCUGGUUUGCGAGGAACAUAUAUGCAGCAUGCCUACGAUUUCUACAAGCCGGAUCUCACUUCCGAAUACCCCUAUGUCGAUGGCCACUUCUCCCUCACCUGCUAUACGAGAGCUUUGGAUGCAGCCUAUCGCGCUUACUGUGCACGUGAGGCUUCUCAGUCGGUGAAUGGCUCUAAUGGGAGUGCCAACGAUUUUGGGGACCUGAAAACUCCACUGGACCGUUUUGACUACCUCACUUUCCACGCCCCCACUUGCAAGUUGGUCCAGAAGUCAUACGGCAGGCUGCUCUACCACGACUACUUGGCCAAUGUGGAUCACACGGCAUUCGCCGAGGUGCCUAAAGAGCUGCGUGAAAUGGAUUACGAAAAGUCGCUAACCGAUAAGGUUGUCGAGAAGACCUUUAUGAACCUUUCUAAGAAGAGAUUCCAAGACCGGGUUGACGGCAAGACGGGCGGUCCCCCGGAAACCUAUGACUCUGCUCAUCUCCAGAAGGACUACAAGCCCCAGGGCGACGCAUCGACCAUCACGAGUGGGACUUAUUAUCUGGAGAAUGUUGAUGAUAUGUUUAAGCGAACCUACUCUGUUCAAACGUAG